AUGGAAUCCUGCAAUUGUGUGGAGCCGCAAUGGCCGGCGGAUGAUUUAUUAAUGAAGUAUCAAUAUAUCUCCGAUUUCUUCAUUGCCCUUGCUUAUUUCUCAAUCCCGCUCGAGCUUAUUUACUUUGUUAAGAAAUCAGCGGUAUUUCCGUAUAGAUGGGUUCUUGUUCAGUUUGGUGCCUUCAUAGUUCUAUGUGGAGCAACACAUCUGAUUAAUUUAUGGACCUUUACAAUUCAUACGAGAACCGUGGCGAUUGUAAUGGCCACCGCUAAGAUUUUAACUGCUGCGGUAUCUUGCGCCACUGCCCUUAUGCAUGUGCAUAUUAUUCCUGAUCUAUUAAGCGUUAAAACUAGGAAGUUAUUUUUGAAGAAAAAGGCUGCUGAUCUUGAUAGAGAAAUGGGUAUGAUUCGUACGCAGGAAGAAACCGGUCGACAUGUUAGGAUGUUGACUCAUGAGAUUAGAAGUACUCUUGAUAGACAUACAAUACUGAAAACAACACUUGUUGAACUCGGGAGAACUCUUGGACUAGAGGAAUGUGCGUUAUGGAUGCCGACACGUACUGGGUUGGAGCUUCAACUCUCUUACACGCUGCGACAGCAGAAUCCUGUUGGAUAUACAGUACCUAUCAAUCUUCCUGUGAUUAACCAAGUAUUUAGUAGCAACCGCGCGGUUAAAAUUUCAUCAAAUGUUCCAGUUGCUAGAUUACGGCCCCAUACUGCAAAAUAUAUGCCGAGAGCUGUAGUUGCUAUCCGAGUGCCUCUCUUAAAUCUUUCUAAUUUUCAAAUAUAUGAUUGGCCCGAGGUUUCAACUAGAAGCUAUGCUUUGAUGGUUUUGAUGCUUCCAUCUGAUAGUGCUAGACAGUGGCACGUACAUGAGUUAGAGCUCGUUGAGGUAGUUGCCGAUCAGGUAGCUGUUGCGCUUUCGCAUGCUGCAAUUUUAGAAGAGUCGAUGAGAGCAAGGGACCAGCUUAUGGAGCAGAAUGUUGCACUUAAUAUGGCUAGAAGAGAAGCCGAAACUUCAAUUCAUGCUCGCAAUGACUUUUUGGCUGUUAUGAAUCACGAGAUGAGAACUCCGAUGCAUGCAAUUAUUGCACUCUCUUCAUUGUUACAGGAAACAGAUAUGACGGCCGAGCAACGUCUGAUGGUGGAAACAAUAUUGAAAAGCAACAAUCUAUUGGCUUUCUCUUUCAAACCUACAGAUAUCUAG